CGUGAGUGGAUUGCAGCGCAAAAUGUCCAGGAGGAAGCAAGCGAAACCUCGACAUUUUCAAGAGGACGAAGACGGAGUACCUUUGAAAGCUGAAAAAGACAUGCCUGACCUUGAGAAAGGUGUCGCCACUGAGUGUGAGGAAGACACAACAAAUGGUGACGCUCAUGUCUGUGGGAAAUGCCGACAAGAAUUCCUCAAUCUUGAAGAAUUCAUUGAACACAAAAAGUCAUGUGAGGCUGAGCGAAUUGUUCUGCCUGUCUAUAAUGAAGAAAACAAAAUGUCUGACAAUUUUGAUGACCAAGAUGACUUUGAUGAUGAAGAUAUCGGUGAUGAAGAGGACCUUAUUGGACAAGAGGAUUUUGAUGACAAUGAACUCGAAGAAGGUGAGAUAGAUAUGACAGACGCAGAGCACCAAGCAGCUAAAGAUGGUGCUGAUUCAGCGUAUGACUCAAAAUGUUCCGACAAAUCAGAUUCCGACUGUAAUAAAGACCUCGUCAAUUCUGAGAUAAAAGAUGGCACCACAGAGAAUGACAAAGACCCGCAGUUUCCGUAUAAUGACCUUGCUCCCCUAUUGGCUCAGACUCAUGUUACCAUGGAGAAGUUGGAGGGAACGAAAGCGGCAGUGUCACAAUUUGCUGAAAAUAACCUCCCAGCUGGUGAUCUUCAGGCGCUACAGUCGACCCUUUUCAACCUUCACCAACAGCAGAUGAUGCAGCUGAAUCUCAUUCAGCAGCUUCAGAAUCAGUUCAUCGCCAAUGGUGGUAACCCAAACCAAAUCCCGAAAAUGUUAAGCCAGUUGAAAAUGGAAAAUCCAUCAUUGAUGAAACUUCCAACAAGCACUGAAUCAACACCCACGUCAUCGGCCAGUGUGUCGCCAAGCAGCAGUACGAGUUCAACCCAGAAAGAGGCUAGCUCUACACCACUUACAUCAACAAGUGAACCACCAAUGGUUCCUACUUCAGAACUUCCGUUGAUGAAUCUCACGAAAAUGGCAAGCAACAAUCCGAUGGGUGGAACAACGCCAUUUGACAUCCUGAGGCAAGAAGCCCAGAUCCCACAUGGUGACGACCCUUUCAGGAAAGGCAAACCGCCAAAUGUAAACCUUUUUGGUAUUGAGACUAACCGAUUUACGCCCGAUGACCCAUUCUUCCGCCAUCGUUGUAAAUACUGCGGCAAAGUAUUCAGUAGUAACAAGGCAUUAGAAAUCCAUAUCAGGUCACAUACAGGAGAAAGACCCUACAAAUGCAAUGUCUGCCACAAUCGCUUCUCAACCAAAGGCAACCUUAAAGUUCACUUCUCGCGUCAUAGAAUGAAGUACCCUCAUCUCCGUAUGAAUCCUAACCCAGUUCCUGAACAUCUUGACAAAUACGACAAACCAAUACCUAUGAUGCCACCUGGUGGUCCAAUUUCAGAAAUGGCCCCAUCUCCCCAAAGGUCAAGGUCAGUUUCGCCAGAUCUCGAGAAUGAGAAUAUGUCUGAUGAUGAGCGAUAUUUCUCCGAAUCUCCCCAUGAAAAUGAGAAAAGGGAAAAUUUUGAUAUGAAACCUCAUUCUGAUCCACCAAAAUCAUCUCUAGGACCACUAGAGAGGUUGAGUAAUGUGUCUGCAUCGCUAGCAACAUCAACUAAUUUGACAUCAUCAAUGACUCCCACAAUUCCUAUCCCCAGUACGAUUGGCCCCCUGCCACAUAUGAUACCACCGAUGCCAUUUGAUCCAAUGUUUUUCCCUCAGCGUCUCUCAAUCCUUCCUCCCUCGCAGGUUGAAGAUCCCAUGGAGCAGUAUAUGGAGUGCUCAAAAUCGGAGACCUCCAAGCUUCAACAACUUGUAGAGAACAUUGAACAAAAACUCUCAGAUCCUAACCAGUGUGCUAUUUGUCAUAGAAUCCUCAGUUGUAAGAGUGCCCUUCAGAUGCACUAUCGGAUCCACACUGGCGAGCGUCCAUUCAAGUGUAAAAUCUGUGGUCGUGCAUUCACCACCAAAGGGAACCUGAAAACCCACAUGGGGGUUCACCGUGCCAAGCCACCAAUGAGAAUGAUGCAUCAAUGCCCUGUAUGCCACAAGCAGUUCACCAAUGCCCUUGUUCUCCAACAACAUAUACGCAUACACACUGAGCAGGCUACCUCCGAGAUGUUCGCGAAACAAAUGGAACACCUGAAGCAACCCAUGAUGACAGGGCAUCCAUUCUAUCAACUGCCAAACCCUCAUAUGGCCCCUGGUGGAGAAUUAGACCUGAGUAAGCCAAAGAGAUCAACUGAAGAUGAUGAUGAACUUGAAUCUCCAAAUGACCAUGAACGUCGUGAGUCUCGUGAACUUCGUUCUCCAAGAUCUGACUCAGAAGCAGCUCUGAAUUAUGAGAGGGAACGACUAAUAAGAGAAAGGGAAAGGUUCAUCAAGAGCGAAAUGGAAAGAAAAAUGAUGUUGGAAAUGGAAAGUGAAAGAAGCCAUAGUCUACCCAAAAGCCAAGAAGAUCAUGAAGAUUCUGAAAAAGAUCGCCAGUCGGUACACUCUGAAGAUUUACGUCGUAGAGGGUCAUGUGAUGAACAACCUACAUCACUCGUGAUACAUGAUAGAUCUCCACGCCAAGGAGAUACACCACUCUCCCUCGUAAACCAUGAUAGGGAAUAUCACAGCAGUCAUGAUAGAGAAUAUCAUAGCAGUCAUGAUCGAGAACGUCAUGGUAGUAGGGAAAGGGAUCAACAUGCUAGUCAUGAGAAGGAAGACCAUGGUAACCAUGACCGGGAACAGCAUGGUAAUCAUGAAAGAAAACACCAUGGUAAUCAUGACAGGGAACAUCACCUUUCUGAAUCAAAGCAUGAAAAAUUUGAUGAUGAAGACAACAGUGCCAAUAAACGUGACAGAAGAUCCCCUUCUACAGAACGUGAAGCCAAAGAUGAGAAAAAACCAAAUCAUCACCCAGCAUUGCCCGAGAGAUAUCCCUUUCCCCAUAUGGGAUUCCCUGGAGAAUUCCCGAUGUAUCCAUUUGGGCAUAACCCCUUUGCAGGCCUUGGGAGUCCUUUCUUGCCAGGACAACAUAACAUGUUGGCUACCUCUGGUAUGAUGCCUAGUUUCUCUACCUCUCUUGCUGCACUUGAAGAACGUGUCAAAGCGGUCAGUGCUGUAAGUCCCGCCAAACCACCCAAAGUUCACUCCGCACAUGGACACCACUUCAACCACUCCCCUAGUUCUUAUCACCAUAGCGACAACAAGCACUUAGACAACAACAACAAACGACUCUCAAAUGGUGAGAGAGCACACUCUCCAAUCUCUGAUGAUAAUGUAGAAGAUAACUUAGCACCAUCUCCAAGAAGGUCCCCCUUCAGAUCCAGAUCCAGAGAGCAAUCCCCAACCAACAGUCAUGCAACAAAUGAGAGCUUCAACUCUGAUGUUUCAGGGAGCCCCCUAGAUCAUGGUAUCCCCAUGACCCACCCGUAUGAUACCCUUAAGUCAUCCACAACCUGUAACAUCUGUAUGAAAACAUUUGCCUGCAGAAGUGCUCUAGAUAUUCACUAUAGAUCACAUACAAAGGUUCGACCAUUCGGGUGUUCAACCUGUGAAAAAGCCUUCACGACACGUGGGAAUCUUCGCCAACAUAUGCUGACCCACAAAUCCCAGGAUUCCUCCCCUGAGCCAAGGCGAUCGCAUCCUCAAGAGAGUGCCCCAGAGCUGCCACAUCCUAUGAUGACGUCCCCAGCCACCCAUGUUGCCCCAGUAAUCUCGCCAUCAACCCCCAUGCCACAAAGUCUCACCCCCAAACGUCCUCCCGCUAUUGACCAGAUGACAAACCCCUACCCUAAACGAAACAGCAAGCACCUGUGCCAAGUUUGCAUCAAGAACUUCUCUAGUGCAAGUGCCCUGCAGAUUCAUAUGAGGACUCACACAGGGGACAAACCAUUCAAGUGCACUGUUUGUGGCAAAGCUUUCACCACCAAGGGUAACCUCAAGGCAUGCAGAGACUACCUGGACACUAUCCCCCUAUUCCCUUGGACAUGGCCAUGAAGGGAGAGCACAUGAAAUCACCAGGACUUCAUAGUCCAAAUAACAUUAGAGAUGGUGAAAAUAGACAUAGAAGAUCACGUUCAAGGUCACCAUUAUCACAGCCUAGGUCAAGGUCACCAAUGUCAAGAUCACCAAUGUCAAGGCCAAGGUCAAGGUCACCAACAUCAAGACCUAGGUCUCCAAUGUCAAGACCUAGAUCUCCAAUGUCAAGACCUAGGUCUC